AUAAGGAUAAAUAAAUGGGUAUUUAAGUUGUCGUAGCUGUAGAAGACGGAAGUGAACAGUAGGUACAAUGAACUAAAAACCAAACAAACAAACCCAAGGGCCGAUUCGUAUGCGUUUCGAUACUUUCGAAUAUCCAGUACUUGAUAUAUAAAAAUCCUGCCCUUCAAGGGUUUGUAGUUGAUACUUGUGUGUGAAAGCUAUCGGAUAUAAUAGAGCGUACUUGUAAAUUUAAUUAAACUAUAGAAUAUAUUCAAAAUGAAAACUUUAUUUUUAGCCUGUGUUUUGUGCUUUACGACGUUGGUUUUUUCGAAACCGGCAGAAAAAUACACAGACAAGUUCGAUACUAUUAACCUUAAUGAGAUUCUCGAAAAUCGACGACUCCUCCUUCCUUUCAUUAAAUGUUUGUUGGAUCAAGGAAAAUGUUCUGCUGAAGGAAAAGAAUUGAAAUCUCACGUCCAAGAAGCUUUAGAGAACAAUUGCGGUAAAUGUACCGAUGCUCAGAAAAAAGGAACCCGCAUUGUGAUCAGCCACUUCAUUAACAAUGAACCCGACUACUGGAAUCAACUCUCAGAAAAAUAUGAUUCUCAAAAGAAGUACGUCACAAAAUAUGAAGAGCAACUUAGAUCAAUUAAGGCUAACUAAUUACAUAUAAAGUAUUGCUUACAUGUAAAUAAAAGAACAUAUUUAUAA